UCCCCAACCUCGACGAUUCCAGCGACACUCAGAGCAGCCCAGGCUUGAAUCUUACCCACUCGCUGCACCACUUUUUGAGCAUUUUGAGGAUUUGAAGAACGUAUUUCAUCACUAUGAAAUUCUGUAGAGAUGCCUAUUUGUGACAGGAUUGGGAUACUUUUCUAGUUCACAGUGGAGAUUGCAUUGAUGGGGGGGGGGGAUUUGGUGUGAGAUGGAGAGAGGUGCGUGCGACGUUGGACACGAAGAUCUCGCGCAUCAGUGAGAAAUGGGUGGGAUUCGUGACAGCUAUAUGGGUGCAAUUUGUAGCAGGGAAAAUCUACACAUUCUCGAAUUGCUCUCCUGCCCUGAAACCUGUGAUGCACUACAACCAGCUGCAGCUUAAUAAUCUUGGGGUGGCAAAAGAUGUGGGUAAGCCGUUCGGAUUGGUGGUCGGCCCUGCUGGCGGAUCGUCUGCCCACUUGGUUCAUCCUGUUGAUCGGCGCUGUGGAGGAUGCCGUCGGUUACGGCACGCAGAAUCUCGUCGUUAGCCAGAAAAUCAGCCCUCCGUCCUGCUGGCAGAGCUGCGUGGUUCGGUGCACCGGAGGCAACAGCACCACUUGGCUGAACACCGCCGUAUUCAUGACUUGCAUGCGCAAUUUUCUCAGGAGUCGAGAGACAGUCACUGACACUUUGAAGGGAUACAUCGGUCUGUGCACCGCCAUCUUCACGCCACUCUGCACUGCGCAUUUCACGAUCGAGGCAACGGCGUUUUUGCUCCUCCUCACCUUUCUGCCUGGGAUAGUAAAGGCGGCCAUUCCUCGCCCCAUCUGUAUGGCAAUCUCCCAGAUCUUUCUCUUCAACGGCUACAUUUUAUUCGCUACCGCAGCACCUGGCUCUCGGUACCAGGGCUCCAUUAUUGUGGGAGUCUGCUACGGCUUGCACAUCUUCCUGUCGGUGUUCAUCGUCAUGGCUGGUAUGUGCGCUUUGGGCACCCUGCUCAACGUGGUGUUGAUUCUUCGUGUUCGGCCCUUGUACCGGGAUUUUUAUGGGCCAAAUUGCUCAAAAGAGAGGAAGAAUAGGGCACAGCCUACGUAAAGUUAAUCGGGUAACGUGUAAUUAUUUACAAUUUGUUCGUUUUUUUCAUGGUGGAAAAUAUGUACAAGUGAGUCGAGGUUUCACAUGACAAUGUUUACGAUCAGUUGGAAUGUCUAGUUUUAGCAGAUGGAGCUCUGAUUUUGCAGAAAUCCAAAGGUUUGUAGAAUCACAAGAUCAUGAAUGUCUUAGAAUACAUUUAUCUUUUCCUUUCAAUUUAUUCGACUGUUGAUAUUUAGUAAUAAAGUUUAUUAAAAAAAAUAAAUGCUAUUCUCGUUA